AUGUUCUUCCAACUUCCGAGAAGCAUCUGGAAUUAUGAUAAUGUCAGUUAUGUCAUAACCGGAAAGAUAGUCGGAUUCCCCAGCUGCACGUGGUACAAAUCGAAUACACGUCUUUUCAUGAUACUAUCCAUUGAGAGAGGGAAAGCAAGAGAGGGACUUUUGCUAACAAAGCUCUCUCAUGAGGAGAAUAAUGAGGUGAAAUUGCAUAGGGAAUUCGAGCAUUUGGCCAGAGCUUUGCCGCCCGCGAGACUCCAUUUCUCUAUAAUAGUCAAUAUCGUCAGAUAG